AUGUCUACCCUAAGCGGGCCUUCAACAGUUGGUCGCAUGGGAAAAGCUGCACGGUUUGUCCCCAAUGAUGGCAUGGAUGUACGAAAUCUAUCUUUUGGACAGGAGUCGUCGGGUCUUCCAAGCUCGACGACCCAUUAUCACCUCUCGGAGACGGAAGCUUCUCACCAAGGAGGCAUGCAAACCUUGUCUAGCGAGGGUUCGGAGCAUUCAUCAAGCAAGGUGUGCACUUCCGUGAAUACUCAUUUACGUGGGUCUGCCAUCUCACAAUCCCAGAAGCAGAAGCUAGAUCAUAUCAAAGUUGAGCCUGCCUCAAAUCUCGAGAAAAUAUUGGCGAAACUUGCCCCCCAGUCAAUCUCUCUCCGGUCCGAAACCGAUCGGUCUACUGUCUCAUCGCAGAUCACGUCGGCCAAUCCAGUUCCGUCAUCAGAGCUCCCCCAAAGCACCCAGUCUUACUCCCAUGAGGACAAAGCGGGAGAGUUGCUGCGACUCAGACAAGAACUUCUUGCUGCAAACUCUAGGAUUGCCCUACAAGAGCAAGAGCUUGCCCAGACCCGUGUCAUCAAACACACCCUGGACCAAGCCCUAGGUACUCCGUUGGAAGGGGACAUCGGAAAUCGUGAAUUCACAGAACAGACCAUCAGCCACUUGCAAAAUGCCUUCAGUGCCUCAAGCUCCGCCUUCAGUCAUUUUCCAGACACCUGGGGUGGUCAUGAUGAUUCGCGAUCCGAUAGCUCAGAUCCAUUGCCCUUGGGGGUCUCCAGCAAGUCUCGAGGGCUCUGGGUACCCCACGAGCCACCUAUGGACCGAGAAUAUGGAGGUUCGCCAGCUGGAGCCAGCGGGUCUGCGGCCCUCGAUCCUCAUCGAUACUGGGGGCUUUCUAAUUCGAACCAGCCUUUGGCCGGACAACACUCCUUGCAGCCCCGCGUACUUUCGGGGACAUCAACUAGUCCAUGUGGUUUCUACCCGCGUUCUGUUGGUGAACAAAUGCAAUAUGCUCUCGGCUCAAUUCAUGGAGCUCGCCGUCCUAUCAGUCAGAGUCACCGAGCUGGCUCCCUUGUCUCGAUUCAGUCUGCGCCUUGGGGUGAACUGGGAUCAUCUAGCGAGCAAACCCUCAACCCGCCUGUAUCCCCAAUUAAAAGGACGCCCGGUGUCUUCCAGCAGACUGGUGCAUACCCAGUCCCACCUUACCUACCUCGGCCAAUUGGCAGUCCGCUUUCACCGACCGCCACCGAGUUCACGGGCCCAAACACAAACGAGGGCGCAUGGAAUUCCUCGAUCGGCUCCUCCCAGACUUAUGUUUCCACACUUGAGCCGAUGAACUAUCGGCGACUGCUUGACAAGAAUAUGUCAUGCGAUUGGAAGUACAUCGUGGACAAAAUUGUUUGCAACAAUGAUCAACAAGCCUCAAUUUUCCUGCAACAAAAGCUCAAGGUGGGAACAUCUGAGCAAAAGUACGACAUAAUCGAAGCAAUUGUGCAUCAAGCAUAUUCACUCAUGGUCAAUCGAUUCGGAAACUUCCUUGUGCAGCGUUGCUUUGAACAUGGAACGCCGGACCAAGUCAUUGCCAUAGCAAAUGCCAUCAGAGGCAACACGCUAAACCUGAGUAUGGAUCCGUUUGGUUGCCAUGUGAUCCAAAAGGCAUUCGACUGUGUUCCAGAGGAGCACAAGGCUAUCAUGGUUCACGAGCUUCUCCGCCGAAUUCCAGAGACAGUAGUUCACCGUUACGCAUGCCACGUUUGGCAGAAACUCUUUGAGCUUCGCUGGAGCGGGGACCCGCCCCAGAUCAUGACACAAGUGAACGAGGCGCUCCACGGGAUGUGGGAUGAGGUCGCUCUAGGGGAGACGGGAAGCUUGGUAGUUCAAAAUAUCUUUGAAAACUGCGUUGAAGAGGAAAAGCGACCGGCUAUUGAAGAGGUGAUCGCGAAAAUCGACGUGCUUGCUCACGGUCAAUUCGGAAAUUGGUGUAUUCAGCACAUCUGCGAGCACGGUGCACCCCAUGAUAAGAAUCGUGCUGUGGAGCAUGUAAUUCACCGGGCGGUUGACUACAGUAUAGAUCAGUUUGCCUCUAAAAUUGUGGAAAAGUGCCUCAAGAUUGGCGGUGCGAACUUCAUGGACCGAUAUCUUGAUCGUGUCUGUACUGGCCGCUCUGACCGACCCCGAAUGCCAUUGAUCGAUGUUGCGGGAGAUCAGUAUGGGAAUUACCUCAUCCAAUGGAUUCUGAUGAAUGCUGAGACGCACCAACGAGACCUCGUGGCCGGCCACAUUCGGUAUGUUUCACGUUGCUUCAAGGUGACCAUCGGAACUUACCUUCUCUCUAUCAGGAAACACAUGGUCUCUCUUCGCGGUUCCAAAUUUGGAUCGCGAGUGGCCAUGCUUUGCUGCAACCCUUCGCAUGCUACCCGCCCUGGUCCCGGUGCUGGGAUGCAAAUUGGACGAUUCAACAACUUCAACGACGAUAAAUUCUCUGCUGCAAGCUCGUCCGGCGGUCGAUUUAGCCGUGGAGGUGCAUGGACACCCGGCUAUGGACCGCCCCGUUGA